AUGGCAAUCCCGUCCCCGCCAUCCUCGGUCAAGGUCAAGAAGAAGGGCAAGGCUCCACGGCGCAACAAGGCAAAAAGAUCCCUGAAAUCGACGCGUCCGCCUCUCAUCGUCGCUGGCUCCUCCAAGGCCCAGGCGAAGGCGAAGAAGGCGACGGCAAAGACAGGUCCAGGUCCAGGUCCAGGUCCAUCAGCCCCGUCCUCGUCCGCUCCUCCAUCGUCGUCAUCGCUCUCGUCAAAACACACUCGCGCACUGAUCAACACGCACCACCUGCUGCAAAAGCGCCUCGCCCACGCGCGCUCCACGACUGACGUCGACGCGGUCCGCGAGAUCGAGGCCCAAAUCGCCGCGCAGGGCGGGUUGAAGUCGUACCAGCUCGCCAGUCGCAAGGGCCAGAGCGCCGAGCGCGGCGGCGAUUCUAGUCGCGUGCUGGUGAGAUGGUUGGAGGGGGAGAUUGGGGCUCGCAAGGCUGCGAUGCAUCGUCGGCGUGGUUCUCUCGUCCAGGAUCACGAUGAUGAUGAUGAUGGUGGUGGUGAUGAACAAGCUACUGCUGGGACCAUGAAACCCGCGUCAACGCCAGGCGUGCUCCGGACCCCGAUCAGAAUCCUCGAGAUCGGGGCGCUGAGCACACAGAACGCCCUCAACGUCCCCGCCGUCACGCGCGUGAGGCGGAUCGAUCUGCGUAGCUCGGAGGAGGGGAUCGAGGAGGUGGAUUUCAUGCACCUCCCACUUCCAUCCGGCGAUGUUGAACCCCCCGAGGGCGGCAAAGGCAAGCCGGGACAAGGAGAAAGAGGAAGCGAAGGGUACUACGACGUGCUCAGUCUCAGCCUGGUGUUGAACUACGUGCCCGACCCGAGGCAGCGGGGAGCGAUGCUGAAGCGGACGACGUUGUUCUUUGCGCCACAAUCGCCAUCACACUCUAGAUCACACCGUGAUAGGAGAACUGACGACCAGGGAGAACCCAGUCCCAUCAACACCCCUCCCCAACUUCUUCCAUGCCUGUUCCUCGUCCUGCCCUCGCCCUGCCUGCACAACAGCCGCUACCUCACGCCGCAGCAACUCGCCGCCAUCCUCAACUCGCUGGGCUAUGUACACCUGCACACAAAGACCACACGCAAGUUGCACUACAGCCUCUGGCGCUUCGAUGGCUCCAGUGCGAGACAAAAUUGGCUCGAGAGCGGCGGCGACACGGUAUUCCGCAAAAGGGAGAUCAACCCCGGAGGCGGGAGGAAUAAUUUUUGUAUUGUGCUGGAUAAUGAUGACGGCGACCUGGAGUCUUAG